GUAGAGUGGCAGAGACACAGAGGCAGAAGGCUGGGAAGAAGGCUUCUCAGGGCCGGGCGGUGGUGCUGGAAAAGAGAGUAAAAAUGGGUCGGCAUUAUGUAAAGUGUGGUUAGAAACAAGAUAUAAAGAUGGGGAAGAGGGAAACCAGGAAAUGGGAACAGAAGAAUAUAGAAGGAAGGAAUGUUCUUCUGAUACAAGGGAAAUCAGAAUCCAAGAAAUAGUAGAUGAAAGCAGGGAAAUCAGGAAAUGUCUUGCCUUUGAGAGUAGUUUCUUUCAUGAGGACUCAUGCCUGAAUGGUGAUAUCACCAUCCAAAUAGAGAAAGGACAACCUAAAUGCCAUCAAUUGGAAGAUACCUUUGGGUCUAGUAUACACCUUACAAACAGUGAAAAACCACAAAUAGUGGAUAAACUAUAUAAAUGCCUUGAGUGUGGAAAAUGUUUCCGUCAUAAAGCAAGUCUAAGACGACACCGAAAACCCCACUUGGGAGAGAAGCUAUUUAAAUGCCUGCUGUGUGAAAAGGGUUUUUCUGAUAAGAGAAACCUUAUUGGACAUGAAAUGAAUCACAGAGGAGAGAAACCCUAUCAAUGCCUGGAGUGUGGGAAGAGUUUCUGUUGGAAAAAUAAGCUAAAGCAGCACGAAAAUACCCACACAGGAGAGAAGCCCUAUAAAUGCCUGGAGUGUGGGAAAGGUUUUUCUGAUAAGAGAAAUUUUAUUGCACAUGAAAUAAAUCACAGAGGAGAGAAAUCCUAUACAUGUCUGGAAUACGGGAAGAAUUUCUGUUGGAAAAAUAGCCUAAAGCUGCACCAAAACACCCACAUAGGAGAGAAGCCAUAUAAAUGCAUGAAGUGUGGGGAAAGUUUUGCUCAAAAAGACGUCCUAAACACACACCAAAAAACCCACACAGGAGAGAAGACGUAUAAAUGUCUGGAGUGUGGAAAAUGUUUCUAUCAGAAAGGACACCUCAAAGUCCACAAAGGAACCCACACAGGAGAGAUGCCCUAUAAAUGCCUGGAGUGUGGAAAAUGUUUCUUUCAGAAAGGAAACCUCAAGAGACAUGAAAGAACCCACACAGGAGAGAAGCUAUAUCAAUGCCUGGAGUGUGGAAAAAGUUAUUCUGAUAAGAGAAACCUUAUUGGACAUGAAAUGAAUCACAGAGGAGAGAAACCCUAUCAAUGUCUGGAGUGCGGGAAGAGUUUCUGUUGGAAAAAUAAGCUAAAGCAGCACCAAAACACCCACACAGGAGAGAAGCCGUAUAAAUGCCUGGAAUGUGGAAAAGGUUAUUCUGAUAAGAGACAUCUUAUUGGACAUGAAAUGAAUCACAGAGGAGAGAAACCCUAUCAAUGUCUGGAGUGUGGGAAGAGUUAUAACCUUAAAGGUGGUCUUAUCGCUCACCAGAAGAGUCAUACAGGAAAGUGUGGGAAGAGUUUUUGUUACAAAUCAGAUCUCAGAAAUGUUCAGGAUGGUCAUAUAGAAGUCAAAAUCGAAGACGUAUUUGAAGUGAGGGAAGAGCUUCCAUUGGAGAACAAAUCUCAAGGCUCACCAAAAAGCCCACAUGGGAGAGAAGUAAAAAAGCCUGGAAUCUGAUAAGAGUUCGAACUCAAAGAUUACGGGAAUGUUCAUUCACAGAGAAAUUCUACACAUUCCUGCAUUUUGGAAAGAGUUGAGUUACACAACAAGCUUUCACGAUGUAGUAAAAUAAUAAUAAUAAUAAUACUUAUUUAUAUACCGCUCCAUCUCCCCGAGGGGACUCUGAGCGGUUCCCAGGUAACAUCACAAAACAUACAAAGAAAAAACAACAUAACCAUAAGAUUAACAAAAUAAAAUAUAAGCAUAAAAAUUGUUGCUAUAACACACAUUAUUUAUUUGUUUGUUUGUUUCCGUUGCUUUUAACCCGCCCUUCUCAACCCCCGAGGGGGGGACUCAGGGCGGCUUACACAACAAUGCACUAUUUGAUGCCUAUACAGUUACAGUUACACAUAAUAAAAUCAUAGUUAAAACAAUUAAAACAAUUAUUACAGUUAAACACACGAAGUAAACAAACCACAUUAUAUGAAACUAUUCACGCGUUCAGCAUUCGUCUUCCGGGUUCCAGAUUCCGUUCCAUUAAACAUUUCCUAGGCCAUAUCAAUCCUUUCUUUACCUACCCGAUUGACCAAACGCUUGGUCCCACAACCAUGUUUUCAGUUUUUUCCUGAAAGAGAGGAGUGUGUUCGCUGUUCUGAUUUCCCCAGGAAGCGAGUUCCACAGGCAGGGGGCCACCACCGA